AUGGUGGUAAACAAUCCAAAUAACUGGCAUUGGGUCGAUAAAAACUGUCUUCCUUGGUCUGUCGACUAUUUUAAAGACAAAUUAAUUAAUUUAAAAGUAACUGAUGGAACCAACAAUGUACAUAUUUCUGAAGUUUCCUCAGUUGAAGGUGACGUAGACGUGUCACAGAGAAAAGGUAAAGUUAUUUCAUUGUUUGAUAUCAAAAUUGUUUUAACUUUCAAAGGUAAUACUGCCAAAGAUGAUAAUGUGAGUGGGUCAAUCACAAUUCCGGAAUUGACUUAUGAUAGUGAAGUAGAUGGUUUACAAUUUGACAUAUCUAUUUAUAACGAAACUGCCGAAAAUUCAGGUAUCACAGAUUUGAUCAAGAAACAGUUGAUACCUCAAUUAAGAACAGCAUUGAUGAAAUUUGGUCCUGAUUUGAUUGAAAUUAAUAGUAAAGAUAUCCAAUUAUCACAAGAUAAGGUCACCUCGACAUACACAAAGGCUAAUCAAUCAUCCACUAUUGCUGCCACUGCUGAUCACCCAAAGAGUGAACUGAAACCGGUUGAAAAGAAAACAGAAACCCAUUCAACUUCAAAUAUUGCAAGAAAAGUAGUUUCAGAAAAGGAUUCAUCUACUGUUCCUAAAUACAACACUACAACUUUGCAUUUAGAGCCAUCUUUCAACACUUCUGCAGAACAAAUUUACCUUACUUUAUUAGAUGAGGCUAGAAUUGGUGCAUGGACUCGUUCAGCUCCAGUUAUUGAAAAGUUCCCACCUAAAGAAGGAUCCGAAUUUAAAUUUUUUGGCGGCUCAGUAUCUGGAAAAUUUUUGAAAUUAGUUCCUAAUGAACAAAUUGUUGAAUUAUGGAGAUUAGAUGAUUGGAAAGCUGGCCAUUUUGCCCAACUAGAUAUGAAGUUAGUUCAAAGCAGUGGUGAAACUAAAUUGGUGGUCAAAUUCAGUGGAAUCCCAAUUGGUGAAGAGGAAAGAGUGAAAAAUAACUUUGAAGAAAGAUAUAUCAGAUCUAUAAAGAUCACUUUUGGAUUUGGAGCAGUUUUAUAG